AUGUCCGAGGUUAGAGCACUGGUUGCUGCUGCUGUGGAUAGCCCACUAGAGCUGCGCGAAAUCCAGCUUGACGAACCUCGUCCGGACGAGACUGUCGUGGAGAUUCACGCAGUGGGAAUAUGCCACGCCGACAUAGCAUGCUUAGAUGGCAAGCUACCGGCAUCCUUUCCCAGUGUCUUUGGUCAUGAAGGUAUGUAG